AAACAAGUCCCAGAGCAAAGACAGAGAGAUGGAAGUUGAUCCAAGCCUCCUGGAUCCUGGAUCCCAGCUCUAUGGUCGCCAGCCGGACUCAGGACCCAAAGCCAGGAAGCAGCUGCAAGCAGUUUCCUCUGGAUCCCUGCACGGAGGGCUCCCACUUCGGGGAUUUCAUCCAUCUCCCCCAGUCCAGGCACAGAUGGGAAGGCUGCUAGACCAGGACCAUCCAGUAGAGGACAUGCCCGUCGUGGUGAAGAUUGAGAAGGGCGUCGGCAGCAACGGCGGCGCCGGCCCAGGAGCCUUCUCCCAGACUCGGAGCAGCAGCACGGGCAGCAGCAGCAGCGGUGGGGGCGGCGGCGGCCAGGAGUCCCAGCCAUCCCCGCUGGCUUUGCUAGCAGCCACUUGCAGCAGAAUUGAGUCUCCCAAUGAAAACAGCAACAACUCCCAGGGCCCAGGCCAGUCAGGGGGCUCGGGUGAGCUCGAUCUUACGGCAGCCACACAACUCACCCAAGGUGCCAAUGGUUGGCAGAUCAUCUCCUCCUCUGGGGCUACCCCUACCUCAAAGGAUCAGGGUGGCGGCAGUAGCAAUGGCAGCAGUAGCAGCGAGUCCUCCAAGAACCGGCCUGUCUCUGGUGGGCAGUAUGUAGUUACCACCACCCCCAAUAUUCAAAACCAGCAAGUUCUGACAGGACUUCCUGGCGUGAUGCCCAACAUUCAGUACCAAGUGAUCCCCCAGUUCCAGACUGUUGAUGGGCAGCAGCUGCAAUUUGCCACCACGGGGGCCCAAGUGCAGCAGGACGGCUCUGGUCAAAUUCAGAUAAUCCCCGGGGCAAACCAGCAGAUUAUUACAAAUCGAGGGAGCGGGGGCAAUAUCAUCGCCGCUAUGCCAAACCUGCUCCAGCAGGCUGUCCCCCUCCAAGGCUUGGCCAAUAAUGUCCUCUCUGGACAGACUCAGUAUGUGGCCAAUGUCCCAGUGGCCCUGAAUGGCAAUAUCACCCUGCUGCCUGUCAACAGUGUUGCUGCAGCCACCCUGACUCCCAGCUCCCAGGCAGUCACAAUCAGUAGCUCAGGCUCUCAAGAGAGUGGCUCCCAGCCUGCAACCUCAGGGACAACCAUUAGCUCUGCUAGCCUGGCAACCUCACAAGCCAGUUCUGGAUCCUUCUUCACUAAUGCCAGCAGUUACUCAUCCACAACCACCACCAGCAAUAUGGGUAUUAUGAACUUCUCCACCAGCGGAACCGCCGGGACCAAUACUCCAGUCCAGACGCCCCAAAGGGUCAGUGGGCUUCAGGGAUCAGACUCUCUGAAUGUGCAGCCGAACCAGACUGGGGGGACACUCCAGCCCAACCAACAGAAGGAGGGAGAGCAGAACCAGCAGUCUCAGCAACAGCAGCAGAUCCUCAUCCAGCCUCAGCUGGUUCAAGGGGGACAGACUCUUCAGGCCCUCCAGGCUGCACCACUGCCAGGCCAGACCUUUACAACCCAAGCCAUUUCCCAAGAUGGUCUCCAGAACCUCCAGCUUCAGGCUGUUCCCAACUCGGGCCCCAUUAUCAUCCGGACACCAACAGUGGGGCCUAAUGGGCAAGUCAGUUGGCAGACUAUUCAGCUGCAGAAUCUCCAAGUACAGAACCCCCAGGCUCAGACAAUCACCCUGGCACCGAUGCAGGGUGUCUCUUUGGGACAGACUGGCAACAGCAACACCACCCUUACACCUAUCGCCUCAGCUGCCUCCAUCCCUGCUGGCACAGUCACUGUGAAUGCUGCUCAGCUCUCCUCCAUGCCAGGCCUCCAGACCAUCAACCUCAGUGCAUUAAGUGCUUCAGGAAUCCAGGUGCACCAGCUGCCAGGCCUGCCACUGACCAUAGCAAAUGCCACAGGGGACCAUGGGGCUCAACUUGGCCUUCAUGGCGCUAGUGGUGAUGGAAUGCACGAUGACACAGCUGGGGGGGUAGAAGGAGAAUCCAGCUCAGACCCUCAACCCCAGCCUGGUCGGAGGACACGACGGGAGGCUUGCACCUGCCCCUAUUGUAAAGACAGCGAAGGGAGGGGCUCUGGGGAUCCUGGGAAAAAGAAACAACAUAUCUGCCACAUGCCAGGUUGUGGCAAAGUUUAUGGCAAGACCUCCCACCUUCGGGCACACCUACGAUGGCACACAGGCGAGAGGCCCUUUGUCUGCUCUUGGAUGUACUGUGGAAAACGCUUCACCCGCUCAGAUGAGCUUCAACGGCACAAGCGCACACACACAGGUGAGAAGAAGUUUGCCUGCCCUGAAUGCCCCAAACGCUUCAUGAGGAGUGACCACUUGUCAAAGCACAUCAAGACCCACCAGAAUAAAAAAGGAGGCCCAGGAGUGGCCCUGAGCGUAGGCACCAUGCCCCUGGACAGCGGGGCGGGCUCAGAGGGUAGUGGCACUCCCACUCCUUCUGCCCUCAUUACCACCAACAUGGUAGCAAUGGAAGCUAUCUGCCCAGAAGGCAUUGCCCGACUCGCUAACAGUGGCAUCAACGUCAUGCAGGUAGCCGACCUGCAGUCCAUCAAUAUCAGUGGCAAUGGCUUCUGAGAUUGGGCGCCCAGUGCCAGAGACACGGGCUUUACCCAUAAAGCCUGGGGUACAAGGUAGCAUGGGUCCAAGAGACAUGUGGGAGAGGGAGCCAAGAGGUAUUGAAGGUACACAGCAAUGGGAAGUGUGGGAGAUGAGGUGGAACCCUGGUACCCCUCCGGGAUGGGCGCUUGAGGGAGAGCUGGUGAUGUGACCCCGCCAGCCACCCUCCAAGGAGCGUUUGUCCCCAGACGGUUUCCUUUUAAAAUUCUUUCCCCAACCUCUCCCCUUUUCUGCUUUACUUAUCUUAAACCUCCCCCAUGAUGGAUCCUUCCCCUUCCCCCUUCCUUAAAGCCAUCAUGCCUUGAUAAAUAUAUAUAUGAUCAUUGAAAUACUUUUUAACAAAAGACAGAUUCUAUAUUAUAUAUAUGUGUAUAUAUAAAGUAUAUAAAAGACAUUCACAAUGGGGAGUAGGCUCAGAGGGAGGCGGAGGAAGAACAUCCUGUGACCAAAAUACCGUGGUCCGUUUUAGAGUAAUGCCUUAUCUCCUUGUGGCUGGGCCUUGGCCUGGCAUGCCAGGCCUUUCUGCAGAUGCUGUCCUGACCUCCCACAAGAUUAAGCAUUCAUAUACUCUGCUUUUAGGUUUUAUAUAUAUAUGGGUUUUUUUUUCCUUCAUUUUGUCAUUUUAAUUGGGAGCAGCUUUCUGUACUACCUUUCUCAAUUAUACCCUUUCAGUCUCCUGCCCCACUCCUCACUCCUUUUCCCUCCUUCUACCUGAUCAUUUAUUGUUUAUCUUUUAGAUGAUGUUCUUUGGUCCUGACAGUAGAAUGGGGGAAAGAAGCCUUGGGCCACUGCCUUCAGUGGCAGAGUCAGAGAGCCAGAGAAACUACUGAUGGAGGCAUUCCCCUCACUUUCUCCCUCCCUGGAGUCAGAGAGUUCGGAGUUAGAGGCAGGGCCUUUUGUCAUCUUCAAGCAUCCAGGAUCUGGUGGUUCUAGGAAAAAGGACAGUAGGCCAUAGAGAGGUGAUGGGAUUGUACAAGCCAUGUGGGACACUGAAAGAUGGCAAUAGGUGAGGAGUGGAACGGGAAUGAACAAUGGACUUGAAUCCCGAGCCUCAGGGGGGUUAGUGGGAUAUAGAGUCUGAUUUGAUUCACUUGCUUUAGCUUCUAGUUGGUUUUUCUUCAAGCCUGGACUUCAUGCUGCCUGAAAAAGGGCACAGUCCUUUUGUAGAACUUCUCCAGAGAUUUCUUUCUGACUCCAUUCCUAAGGAUUGUCACAAUUUGAUGUUUUCUCCCCAAUUUCCAUCCUUCAGAAUAUCUGGGGACAAAAGAAGGAUUGUUCUGGGAGGCAGGAAAUUAUUGGGAGGUUAAAAGAACUUUUCCCCCCUUGUUCUAUUACCUGCUUUGGGAGAUGGUAGGGAUAAUGCCUCAGAAGAGACCAGUGGGGGCACCAAGUGUCCUUAGAAACAAAAUCCUCCCGUUUUCUUUUGGUCCAUUUCUGGAGGAGAGUCCAGGAAGCUCUUGGUUCAUUUGUCACUAAGAGAUCCAAAAGCAACUAGAAUUGGCCCCAAGGCCCAGCCACUAAAGCCUUGUGUUUUGACCAUUUGGUUUCUCAUCAGGGAGCUUUUCACCCACUGUGAGCAAGAUGUAGAAAUGAAUGUGUCUGUGUGGAUCUGUUGGGUUGGAGGAUAGGUUUCUGUUAGCCACUAUUAAAGCAGACCUGCAAUAAAUGAGAAUUACCCUGAGCUGAGAGCACUAGUGGAUGAAGAGUGAGUGUGAUUGUGUGUGUAUGUGUGUUCAUGUCUACAUACAUGUAAAAGAAAUUAUAUUUGAAAUUGUUGAAAAGAAUCAAAAAGCUCUAGAAUCAAAACACCUGCAGUCCCCUUUCAUAGAAACCCGUUUUAAUCUGUACACUUGAGUGUGUCCCUGAGAUCUCUUCUUUACUUUGGAACAAGGCAAGUGAAGGGGUCCGAAAACCUACGAAACUCCUUCUGCACUUUGUGAGGGGAAAUGAUUAUAUAUAUGCGUAUGAACGUGAAAACAGUAUCCCAGUCCAUAAGCAGAGGCCUAGACCUUUUCAUAAAUUGUCUUUUUACUGUUGCUACAAAUAGAUGAUGCUGUGAUUCUGCCUUAUAUUUUAUAUAAAAUCCAGCAAGAUUAGGGUUUUGGUGUUUGUUUGUUUUUUUAACCUGAAACUCAAUGACUGUUAAUAUCUUAAAGAUUAACUUGAAGCAUGUUCAGCUCCAUUCUGUGAGGACAUAUGCUGUUUUCAAAACUCAGGAAUCAUUUGCAAGGAUCUUAGUAACCUAAGAUUGUUUCCCAGACCAAAUCCUGUUUAUGCUGAAACAAAGGAAUUUGUGCUCCAGCCUACCAUCCCAUCCCUUCUUCCCUACCUCUCCCCCUCCUCCCCCAGGAGAGGACUCAACAGAUUCUUUCAGUGUAGAUUCAUAAUCAUGUACUCUUGGAUCCGUUAAAGGAAUGGGGCUGGACACCCCAAAGAAUACGUCAAGCUUUUGUUGGUAUAACUGGGCAAGGCACGGUCUCCUCCCCUAGGAAUGUGAGAUUAGGGGGAAACAGAUUGCAUGCUGCUCCUAGGGGCAAUGGAGCCUUGGGAGAAGGUAUUUAGAGGUAGGUUCUUCAUUGAGUUAGAGGGUUAUGGAUUUACUCCUUCUUGAAAAGGAUAUAUUGUCAUUGCCUUGGAUCAAUUUACAGCAGACCCAUCUUUCCCUUUGUCCUGCCUUCUACCCACCAAGGAAGUUCCAGGGAUGUUGCUUGGCCCAUGAGCUCCUGAGAGUUGCCCUUGGCAGCUUGAGUCCCCCAGACUCCACAAUAGGGAGCAGUGAGGAGCCCUGGCCCUUUUCUGAAGGUCCAUCAGAGAGUAAAUCAGCUGUCAGGUAGACUGAUCCUGAGACUCGGCUCCGCUCCCCCCUGAGGUGUGGGAUGAUUUUUGUUUUUGUCACGACCAAUCCUGUUUUGGUGUGGGGGUCAGGAUACAGUAAAAGUGCUUGUUCCCUUGCCCAGCCUCUGUACCUUUUAGCUCCCUCCCUUGUUCCCCCAAACAGUAAGGUACCCCAUACUAUCUUUUCAAGGACCUUCUAGCUGUCCUAGUCCACCCUGACCUGUGGGUUCUGAAGAGUUUGAGCAGUUUGAUAGAAAUUCCAGAGCCCAGCCCAAACCUGAAUAAACAGCCUCCUCCUCCCCCCCCCCUCCCAUCACCUCCAACCAACCAACCAACUCACUUCAGGAAAUACAGAAGGAAUGGACAUGGGGCUUAGGAGCGGGGGAGGGUUGGGUACAAAAGCUGUAAAUGAAUAUGGCCGAUUUAUUUCUAUAUAUAUUUUUUUGCUUUUGUAUAUCUUCUAUAGGAAACUUUAAGCGUUGUAUUUUUUAACAAAUCUGAGAAAGCACUAUAAACCGCAGGUAUCUGACUUUCAGAAUAUAUUUUGUAUUGUUAAUAUCUUCACAUUGUGAAUACUGGAAGCUGCAGAUCUUUGCUGAAAUGCAAUAAAUUUAUAUACCUUUUGGUGGGGUGCAGGUGUUGGAGGGACCUUGGUGGGGUGCUAGUCAGGUCCCUGUCAUGCUCUGGGGGAGCCUAGGUGCUACUUGAUCAAAGUUUCCACCCAGCUAAAAUCAUCCCUGGGGCCUUUCAGGCCCUGGGAGAAGUUACAAAGCACUUGGAGAUGCAGGUGCCAAAAAAAAAAUGAGGGUGGUCACUGCCUAGAGUGGGACCCCUUCAAUUCGAUCCCUCCCCUGGGCUGGGAAGCCUCUGCUAAUGGAAAGUAGACGGAGAAAUCUGUUUCAUCUCUCUUGGAAGAGAGGUUAGUUUGUCAGGGGAUGAAAGGUGGCAGCAGUAGCCUUGGGAAGGGGGAGGAGGAUGGGGCAUUCAGCCAAGCCCGGAAAAGGUUGCCUUUGAAAACUGCUGAUAAAAUAUGGGCAGGUUAUUACUUUUUGUCUGGGAGCCCAAACUCUCCCUGGUGCCUCUCUUGGCUCUACUCCCGGGCCACAGACCUCUUCCAAGGAGGACGAGCAGAUCAGCUCUGAGGUUGAUUAGCUUUCUUUUCUCUGUUCUCCUCUGAACACCAGCACCCAGGCACUAGCUAAGGUCACAGGGCAGAAAUAAGUUGCCUUAAGCUUAAAUUCUCUCCUAUUUCUUGCUCGAGCUUUAAUUCCCUGGCUCAUUUCCCUCACUCCAGGCUGAGCAUUGACCCAGUUCUUCAGCACCAAAUCAUUUCCCCCAGCCCUGUCGCUCACUCUCCACAAAACUUGUAUAAGAGAAGGGAGUUGGGAGACGGGCUGGACAGCCCAGAGAGGGAGGCCGUAUGGCUUUGGUGACCGAAGUCUGGCUAUUGUGCAGGGUGACUUGACGCUUUUCUCUUUUUCCCUGUCCCCAGACAGCCUUAGCAUUCAGUGAUUAGGGAAUUCUAGAGAUUAUAGGAUAUCGGAAGUCUGGCUUUCCCCCACAUUCUUCUUGGUCUUCCCUUCUCAGGAUCAGAGGGAGAGAUCAGUCACAGGCAAGGAAGGGUAGGCCUGGGGAUGAACAAGGAAUUGAAUCUCUUCUGGUUCCCCUGGGUGUGAGGGAAAGGGUUCUGUUUGCCUGGGUUUGCCCCUCUGAUGCUCAGAAAUGCUACUGUGCCUUCUUCCUGGGGAGCAGGAAGCGGGCUCCAGCUACCUAGCUCUUCUUCCAUCCGGUACCUGGCUUCCCCCACCUACAGCUAGGCCUGAAUCCCGGGGCCGGGGGAAAGUUGGGGGAGGAUUUCCUGAGACAGGCUUUUGAUAGUUGUCCCAGGAUGGCCUGCUUCUUCAUGAGUCUCCGUCUUCUCCAAGAAGGCCGAGACCCAACUUCUUGUGCCUAAAACUUUAGAUGAUAUUUUUUUUUAUCUCCUAACACUGGUAAUAACCAGUCACCACACAACUGCCUUUAAAAAAAAUCUCAAUAUCAUGCUGUUUCUGUUGGUUUCCAACAGAUUCCCACCCGAGCUCAAUGGGGAAAUAUGGUUUUAAGUUCUCUUUCUGUAUUUCAUCUAGAACUCCUGCCUUUUGUUAUUGGUUAUUUCCUCUUCUCUUGCCUCUUAUCUCUUGUCCCAUCAGUCUUUUCUCCCUUUUGCUCAGAUGUCUUUCGUCUCAUUUUCUUGUCUCUUUCCCCUUGUUCUUGUCUGGGUUGGGUGGGGUGGGGGAGGGAAUUUUUUUUUUUGCCUUUUUGUACAAAGAUUAGUUUCAAUGUAGUCUGUAGCUCCUUUGUAAACCAAUUAAAAAUUUUUUAAUAAAAA